AUGAAUUAUAAUACUGAAACAAGUUUUGAGUUAAUUGGUAAAUUGGCUCAUUAUUCCUUUGAUUUAUUGUUAAUCUCAAUCAUCUUAGCUGGAAUCCAUCGUAAUACAGGAUUAGUAUUCGAUACAUCACAAUUUUCAUCCAUUGACUUCAGAAGAUGGUUUGGAAACUAUUUAGCCUUUGGUGAAAGAUGUUAUGAUUCAACUGUAUCUUUACUUAGAAUGACAGGUUAUUUCAAACAAAAGAAUUUGAUUUAUGAUAUGGUUGAAAGACAAAGUAACAAAUAUCUCAAAGAACAAACUGGUAGAGAUUUAAAUGAUCUUCCAAAGCAACAAUAG